AGACUAGCAGAUGAUAUGCACAUAACUAAAUAUAAAACACUUCAGACCACAUUAACUUUGUGAUUUAUUCGAUCAGUUAAGUUGUGACAAAAUGUCAGAACUAAGACACAGAGUGAAAGAUGGAGAAGUCAGCAGUUCAGAUGAGAAGCCUCCACCGCAGAGUAACCCCGAAUCGGAAGAUGAUGAGCUGCCACCUGGUGCUGACCUGACUACAACACGACAGAUGUCACAAUCAUCAGACAAAACAACAGAAGCUUUAGAUUCCGCUCUUAAAGACCUCACACCAAGAUGGAGAAAUUGGAUUAUACGAGGAAUCUUCUCCUGGGCGAUGAUUUUCUUCUUCUUUUUAAUCAUCUAUUUAGGACCACUUGCAUUAGUUAUUGUUACACUGAUGGUACAGAUCAAAUGUUUCCAUGAGAUUAUCACGAUCGGUUAUAUUGUUUACAAAUCCUUCAACUUACCAUGGUUUCGUAUGUUGAGUUGGUACUUCCUGUUUACAUCUAAUUAUUUUUUCUAUGGAGAAAGUCUCAUCCAGUACUUUGGUGUUCUGCUUCAGAGAACAGAAUUUUUACGUCCUUUAGUGUCGUACCACAGAUUUAUAUCAUUUUCCUUGUAUGUGGCUGGCUUUGUUGGUUUUGUUGUUAGCUUGAAGAAGAAGCACUACUUAAAACAGUUCACCUUGUUUGGUUGGACACACGUUACCUUACUUAUAGUGGUCACACAGUCACACUUAAUUAUACAGAACGUUUUUGAGGGACUCAUUUGGCUAUUAGUGCCAGUAUCCAUGAUUAUUUGUAAUGACAUCAUGGCAUACAUGUUUGGAUUUUUCUUUGGUAAAACACCUCUGAUCAAACUGUCUCCUAAGAAAACAUGGGAAGGAUUUAUUGGUGGUGCUUUAUCUACAGUACUGUUUGGAUUAGCAUUGUCCUAUUUCCUGGUGCAGUUUGAUUAUUUUGUUUGUCCGAUUUCUUACGAUGAUGUAAAUAACAAGAUAUCGUACGAGUGCGAGAGACAUCCUGUGUUUAUAUUAACAGAAGUCAAUCUACCAACAGUAGCACAGAAGAUAUUCAGUGUGUUUGGUAUCCCAUGGAAGACUAUCACAGUUUAUCCAUUCAUGUUACAUUCCAUCAGCAUGUCCUUGUUUGCAUCAGUUAUUGGACCAUUUGGUGGAUUCUUUGCAAGUGGAUUCAAAAGAGCAUUUAAAAUCAAAGAUUUUGGAGACACGAUCCCUGGACAUGGUGGUAUCAUGGACAGAUUUGACUGUCAGUUCCUCAUGGCCACAUUUGUUCAUGUCUACUACACUAGUUUUAUUAGAGCACCCAACCCACAGAAGAUCUUACAAAGUAUUUGGUUACUUACCACAGAGGAACAACUUCAGAUAUAUAACACACUGAGAGAGAAAUUAACACUGAGGGGACUCAUUCUUGACAGGGCCACAAAUACGUAACAGCAUUUUCAACUGAUUUUUAGAAGAUUUUAGAUCAUUUUUGUAAUUUGUUUUAGAAGUAUAGCAAUAUUUGUUACUAGUUUUAUGAAUGUUUUAUCCUGAAAGUUCUUGUGAUAUGAAUGGGGGGCCAACAGAGGUGAAUGCUUCAUAUUUUAUCAUUAUUUAUUAUGGAUGUACAUUUUUUUAUCAUUUUUAGUAAUGAAUGAAUUUGUGAUCAUAUGAUUGGUUUAAUAUUUGUUAGUCAUCUAUAUAUAUGUAUAUUUUAAAUGCAAACUAAAAUUUGAGUAUGUUUUCUUUCUUUAUGCUAUGGUUCCAGGAUAUCUGAUUUUCAGAAUACCAAACUGAUUUAUAAUCAAUUAUUUUUCAUUUGUACAUAACUAUUUUUGGAGGUUACAAUUUUUUAUAAAAUUAUAUUCUAAGUACAAAUUGCUUUGAUUGCUGAGAACUUGUGGAAAUCAAAUUAGUGUAAUCAUGAAACAUAUUUUGCUAUUUGCCUCCUUUCAAAUGUUUCAGAAAGUUUAUAAAACCAAAUUUUCUUUUAAUUUUAAACUUCUAAUUUUUGUCUCCCAGAAUUCUUGCAUAAAUUCUUAAACUUAGAUUUAAGGUGAUUUGUAAAUUGAUAUUUUUCUGUGUUUGUUCUUUUUAUUUGGAUAACUGUCACAAAUUAUUGUGAAACUUGAUACAAUGAAAAUUUCCCCCAUUGUUUGGUUCCAUGUAAUUUGUUAAAUCAUUACACACUAACAAAUGAUAUGUCCUAAAACCAUGAGAAAUAAAAUUCAUGAAACAAAGUACUUUCAUAUUAUUUUCAAAUGGCAACUAUUUCUUGAUGUGAUGUAGAUUUUCUUAUUUGCCAGUUAUUUUUAUUCAAAUGAAAAAAUAAUGAUCUGUUCGAAAUUAGCUUGUCCCUGAUAUAUUAUGAAAAACUACAAAAUUUUAUUAGGACUUUAUACAGUCUUUUACAGGUAGCAUCAAUUUUUCAAAGAUCUCAAUAAAAGGGGAGAUAAUUUCAAUUAUAUUGCAAUAACAGUUUAGAUUCUAAAAUCCAUUGAGAAAUUAUGGUACGAGUUUUUUAUACGCCCGUUUACGGGACGUAUUAUGGUUUUAUUUGUUUCAUUGUCUUUUCUUUAAUCCGAAAAAAAAUACUCUAUCUUAUUUGUUGUAUCAUUUUAUCUGUGUCGAUUUUUAUUUUUCAUGAGAUCUUCAGUGGCUGAGUAUUAUUGGUAGGUUGUUGUCAUCUGCAUUCAUUGAUUACUUAAACCUCUUAAUCCAUUGAUAGUUCACUCAAUUAAAUGCUUCACAUUGACGUCUUAAAUAUGCAUGAAUUAUUUGCCACUGGAAGUUAAACUGACAACAAUCAAUCCAUUAGUAAUUGUAAAAGGUUGGAAGAUUACUCUGGGCCUCCUAAAACAAAACAGAAUUGAGAAUAAUUGUCAAAAAGUGCAGAGUAAAGGGGAAAAAGUAAAGAAAAUGAAAAAAGAGAAUAAUUGGUUGCUAAAAUAUUAAGAAUAGAGAAUAAAGGGCAAAAUAAAGUUAAAAAUACAGAAAAAUCAUUUAAAAAUGGUCCUAAAAUUGCAUUGGUGAUUUCUUUUCUUGUUUUAAUGGGAGUGUUAAGUAGAUACUGUCAAACCUGUAUAGAAAGGUCACCCUCAGUACCAAAAAAUCUGACCUUAUAAGAUAGUUGACCUUUGAGUUUAGGUUCAAAAUGCAUAGGUAUUACUACAAUUGGACAAGAAUUAGGUCACCUGACAAGUAGAGGUGACCUUUAUACUAUGUUUGACUGUAAAUGUAUGGGUAUGAAAUGUGGACUUUGGUGUAUUUUUCAUUUUAUUUUUAUUAUAAGAUAUAUCCCCAUGGAAAAUGUGGUAAUAAUGGUUUAUAUAAUGGUUAAUGUUAAAAUUAUGGCAUACACUUAAAUGGUUUUAUGUAAUUAUCUUAAGGGGGUACCCAACACUUUUACUAAAACAGAUUUGGCUUGUUUAAUUUUCAUAAAAUUUUGACAAAAUAUUUACUUUGACCUGUUGACAAAAAUGUAAAAAUUUCAAGAAAUUUGAACCACACAAUUUACAGGAAUAAUUUCAUUGGAUAUAUAGCAGUUUGACAAACACUAAUUACGAUCAUUAAGAAGCUUUACUAAUAGUAUGUGAUAAAAAUGUUCAGCUGAUUUGUAAAGAGAUAACUCCCUUAGGUUUUCUGUACCCCUUAACAAGGUAAUUUAUGUUUUCUUUGAAUCUAUUUUCUAACCCACAUUAACAAUUAUCAGGGAAAACAUCCAUGUAUUUCAUAUAUUUGACAUAAAUAUGGAUAAGAAAUUUGUAAUAUUUUAUGUGAAUAAUUUCUUUUUAACUGCAUAGAUUUUAAUUUUAAUUAUUUAUAAUUAUUUUAAUUAAUUUUUUGUAAAAAAUUGACAACAUGUAGGAUGUGUCUAUCAAAAAUGUACAUUGAAUUUAUUCAAAAUAAGGGAAGAUAGGCCAUUCACAAUUGUAUUACCUCAUAAAUUAUUGUAUAAAAAAAUCAAAUUUUAUUAUGUUUGUAUUUAAGUUUUUCAUAGAAUUUUAUAAAAAUUUCAUUUGAAUUAUCAUCUUCUAUGAUUUGAAACUUAGGGCUAUUCCAUUUAAAUGGAUGUGGGAGGCCAGGAAGCAAAAGGUGAAUUAAUGGAACAAUGUUUGCAUGAAUUUGAAUUAAGUCUGAGAACAGGUUUAAUAUGUUUAAUGCAAAGUAGCAUGGUUUUGAUAUAACAGUGUUUUGUUGUUUAAAAUGAAAAAUAGACCAGACACAAGUUUUACAACUUGGUAACUCUUCUGAAAAAGAACUUGAAGCAUAAAAAAUUGUCAAAAUCCAUGUGCAUGGCUUUAAUUACACCAAUAUAUUUGUUUAAGGUGGUACCAAACACCUUGACUAAAAUUAAUUUGGCUCGUUUAAUUUUCAUAAAAUUUUGACAAAAUAUUUACUUUGACCUUUGACAAACACUAAUUUUGAUUAUUGAGAAGCUUAAUAUUUUCUUAACAAUAGAAUGUGAUUAAAACGUUUAGCUGAUUUUUGCAGAGUUAUCUCGCUGUAGUGUUAUGUACCACCUUAACACUCAAUAUGACCACUGAAUAAAAAAACAGGGAUAAAAGUUUAUAUCAUUCUUUUUCUGUGACAAGUACAACUUUCUGUAUGAAACAAUUCAUUAGUCUGAUGUGUUAAUUUUCUAGAUUGUUUUCAUUGUGUCUCCCAUGUUGUAGAUCCUCCAUUAACAUGUACUGUAUAUUUAGGGAAGUCUUUCCAGAUUUUGGCCAACCACACAUUGAAGUGAAAAACCAUGUCUGGGUAUAAGAAGUGUUCAGAAGUAUUUACUACAACUUGAUAGAUUUUUACUAUCAAAAGUCCUAACGUUAGUGCAAUGUUUGCAAAUGACAGGAGAAACCAAGAAUUUUAUACAUAAUGGUCACAAACAAUAGACAACGCUUGUCCAAAAAUGCACCAAUAAAAUUUUUUCCUAUCAUUUUUUAUUAUAAAAAAUUUGAUUUCAUAAACUAAGAGUGUUUGGUUUGCAGACAUCAUUUAGUCAACCAGCAUAUAAUUGUUAAUUGUUAAGUGGCCCAUAGAUUAUUGAGCAAAAUGGCUAUCCUUUACUUUUUUUAAAUUGACUUUCCCAUGUACUUUCUGAAUAGUCAUUUUAUCCUAUUAUGAUGAAUUGUGUUCAUUUAAAUGUGCAUUAUUGUAUUACUUAACAAAAAAGGAAAUUAUUUUGAAUUUAUUUAUUUGUAAAUAUAUAUGGUAUUGAAUCCAGAAGGUGCAAUAUUCAUCUGCUUCAAUGUAAACAUAUUUUACUUAUAUAAUCAUCAUACCUUUCUCAGUAAAAUGCCCAGAAAAUUAUUCAUUUUACUUUGGGCUGUUCUAUUCAUACAUACAUGGUACCCAGGGAAGGCACUUUCUAAAUGGGGUAACCAUCUAUAGAGUCAAAUUUAGAAUUGCACUAACAUUUUCACUGUAAUUGACACCCAACCAAAGUGGAGAUUUCAAAGUGCCUUCCCUUGGUCCAAUGUAUGUUUUUAUAGAACAGCUCUUGAUGGUGUUUGUAGGAAUUUGAUUAAAAUCAACAGACAUUGAGUUAAAAUAACAAAUAUGAUAUGUAUUAAAAAUUGUUAAUUUGCUACUUUGUUUUUGGCAAAUGCCAUUAAACAAACUCCUUACUUUGAUAAAUCAUUAAAAUAAAAAAAAUAGAUGAAAAAAAGUUUGAAUAAAAAUUAAAGCAUGUUGCAUUUUUAUCAUGCCAUAGUAGAAUUUUAAGAUUCUAACUUUUUUUGUAAAUGUAAUGCUGUCUCAUUGACAUAUACCCCACAUUUACUUGUAUUUAUAGGAUUUAUAUCUUUGACAAAAUUUGGAAAAAUUUAUUUUCUGAAUAAUUAUGAUCAAAUCUUCACAAUAAUUUAUAUUUCAGUUUUGCAUCUUUUGUAUAGAAACCACAAUUAUUUCUUAUGAAAUAAACAGCUCAUUUAUAUUUAGCUUCAUGAAGAAAAUUGCUAUUUUCACAUGGCAGAAUUUUUAUUAAUGUGUGUGUGUGUGUGUUUGGUUUUGAUAAAUGAAAAAUAUUUGCAUCUCUAGAUAAAUAAAGACUGAGUAUGUAUUUAGUUAUAUAUAUAGUGUAAUUGACAAUCAUUGAAUGAAAAGGAAAAAUUAUAUCAUUUAUUACUAAUGGGAAGUUUUGCAUUGACACAAUUAAUGUUUGAGUAAAAUAUAUGGCUCAACUGUUCCCUGGUCCCAUAUUUCAAUUCAGUUAGUCAAAUAACAAAUUCAACCAGUUUGCCUCCAACUGGAGGCAAAGGGAAAUAACUUCAACCUCAAAUAAGGUCAAUUAAAUACUAUCUAUACAGUAAAACCUAUGAAAAUCAAAACCUGGUGGGACUUCAGUUUCUUAAAAAGUGAUCUUCCCUUUACACAUGUUUGAUUGCUAAAAAUAUCCAAUGUUUUUUUCUGAUACUACAGAACAGUUGGGACUGGUUUAUUGUUAUCUCACCAGCAACAAAGGAAUCACAGAAUGCUAAACAUUGGAAAUCUAAUCAAGCUGCAUUGGUGUAAACUAUUUGUAUAAACCUUUAUAUUUCAGAAUAUAGAAUAUUGGAAUGCUUCAUACUUUGUAUAAAGAUGCCUUUUGUUUAGAAGUUUCUAUCUAUGUCCAUUGUCCUUGAUCUAUUUGCAUAGUUAAGCGAAAGCCAAAAAAAAAGCUUAAGUUUCAUGUCAUGUGAAUUACUUACUAAUUAUAUUUAGUAUAUGGGAACCUUACAUGGUCUACAUGUUGGUCAGUUAGGGUUCAUCUGACCUCUACCUCAUUUCAUAGAUCAGUGAUCAAAGGUUAACUUUUCAUAAUUAGGUUCAUUUUUCAGACACUAUAAGCAGUAGGUCAACUAUAUUUGUUCUAUUGAAUGAUUGGAAGGUGUAAAUGUCCACCUGGCUGGGUUCAUCUGACCUUGACCUCAUUUUAAUGCAUGAUUGAUAAUAUUAAGUUUAUGUGAUACUUAUGUGUAGUAAAACUUUUAUCUUUAAGACUUUCAACAUAAAUUCAAUCAUGAUCAGUAAGCCAGACAAGACAUUUCAGCAAGUUUACUCAGGGUUUGGUUGAGACCGGUUUCAUUGCAUGUUUACUCAGGAUUUGGUUGAGACCGGUUUAAUUGCAUGUUUAAAUGAGUCAAUUUACAGUAUGCCAUAUACAAUAUAUUCUCUGUCACCGCUGCAUAAGGAAGAAUUCAUCUACAUGUACGUGCUUGUAUUAAUUUACAGUUCAAAAUAAAAAUGAUUUUGUGUAUUUGAA